AGAAAUGAUUUGUUUUUAGACUUAUUUGGGAUGGGGGUAUAUAGUGACCAAGGAAGGUGUGGUUGAGAAACUUUUCCCAUUUGAUCAUACGCAAUUUCGAAAAAGAAAUAUUUCUGGGUAAUUGUCAAACCCUAACCUGUAACCCAGAUCAAUUUCAUCGGAAUCAUGGGGAACGCAGAGAAAUUGAUGAAUCAGAUCAUGGAACUCAAGUUCACGGCGAAAACUCUUCAGCGCCAGGCUCGUAAAUGCGAGAAAGAGGAAAAAGCAGAGAAGCUUAAGAUCAAGAAAGCAAUCGAGAAGGGGAACAUGGACGGCGCUCGAAUCUACGCCGAGAACUCUAUCAGGAAGCGCAGCGAGCAGAUGAAUUAUCUCCGACUGGCUUCCCGGCUGGACGCCGUGGUGGCUCGCCUCGACACCCAGGCCAAGAUGAACACCAUCAGCAAGUCUAUGGGCAACAUCGUCAAGUCUCUGGAAUCCACUCUUAACACUGGGAAUCUCCAGAAGAUGUCCGAGACAAUGGACCAGUUCGAGAAGCAGUUUGUGAAUAUGGAGGUUCAGGCUGAGUUCAUGGAGAGCUCCAUGGCUGGGAGCACUUCCCUUUCUACCCCUGAGGACCAGGUCAACACCCUUAUGCAACAGGUGGCAGACGACUAUGGUCUUGAGGUCUCGGUUGGCCUUCCACAGCCUGCUGCUCACGCGGUGCCCACAAACACAGAGAAGGUUGACGAAGACGACCUCUCCAGGCGCCUUGCCGAGCUCAAGGCCCGUGGGUAAACAAAAUUCCCAUUUUUAAAUAAUUUGUGCUUAUAUCACUGCAAAUUGACAAUAUUUAUAUAAUAAUAUGAUUGUGUAUUGUGUGAAUUUCUACUUCUCUAUUGUGCCUGCAUAUAUUUGAGUGUAUUUAACUUAAUCUUCAGAUUGUGAAGUUG